UCUCUUGUCUCCUUCGGGGAAGCUUUGUUUUUUAAUGCGCGGGCCCGGGUAGAGCUUCUUCCCCUUCAUAAAACGGGAAGCAUGCAGAAGAGCUCGAGCAGGAGUCGUCACAACUUCCUCUUUCGGCUAAGGGGGAAGUAUGCAGCCCCAUAACCACUACAAGUGACUCCUUUUGCGAGGCUCCGAUCCCCGUCCUGUCCCAUCCCACGUCAACCGACUGCGCCAGGCCCGGGACAUGGUCUCGCUGGAGGACUCGGCUGAGGGUCUCCCGUCAUCCAGAAGGCACGCGAGACUUGUCUAAACAAAGGAGGAGGUCGUCCGGGACGUGGCGUGAUCCGAACCGUUCCAAGCGGAACUCGUUCCAGGCUGAACGCUUAAACCCGCGUGUCACACGGCGCGUGCAGCGUUAAGCCUAAUUAGUUGACGAAAGAAACGAGUCGAGAAUUGUUGUGGAGUUUUUAAGCGCGGCGCGUGACUGCGAGGCGAGCGUGCGCCACGGCCCAAAUACAGGAUGUUUACUUCCAACCUCCCUCCAGCUGAGGUGCCUGGGUAGCGCAGCAGUCUAUUCCAUUGCCUACCAACACGGGGGUCAGCGGUUCAAAUCCUUGUGUUACCUCCGGCUUGGUCGAGCGUCUCUACAGACACAUUUGGCUGUGUCUGCGCGUGGGAAGCAGGAUGUGAAGAGUAGGUGGAAGAAAAUCCAGUUCCAGUUUCCAGUUCCUGAGAGAAAGGUCUGCAGCCUGACCCCUCUCAGGAUUCCACCAUGGCUUUUGGACUCUUCCAGACGAGGAUUAUUCUGAAGAAUCUCUGUUCCAGAAUAUUCAGCAAUUUAUUCUUCUACACCUCUUUCACCCUUCUGAUUCAAGUCGACUUAGACAGAGGUGAAGCUCAGUCUGUGGUCGCCUUGGUUGGUGAAAACGUCAUUCUGCCAUUUAAACUGAGUACUCCGCAAGAUGCCAAGUCGUUGACAGUGGAAUGGUCCAGAGAUGAUCUGAAGCCAAAAUAUGUUCAUGUGUACCACAAAAGCGAGGACCAGUAUGAUUUGAAGAAUCCUCAGUUUAAGGAGAGAACGGCCCUGUCAGUGGAGAGACAGGAACAUGGUGAUGUCUCUCUGAAACUAUUAAAUGUUCAGCUCCUUGAUCAGGGAAAAUAUACGGGUUACAUCCCUUCUCUCAACGAGUUCACAGACGUCUUUCUCACUGUAGGUUCUGUCGCCUCCCCUGUCACCAGUCUACGGGAGUUAAGCAGCAGUGGAGUGGUUUUAGGGUGUGAGUCCAAAGGAUGGUACCCAGAGCCUAAGGUGUUAUGGCUGGACGGUGAGGGAAACCUCCUCCCUGUUCGAUCCACAAAGACAGUGCAAGCUCCCGAUGGUCUCUACACCAUCAACAGUGCAGUGACUGUGGAGGAGACUGAAACCAACAGGUUCACCUGUGAAGUUCAACAACUGAACAUCAACCAAACCAGGCAGACUCAGAUUCAUGUUCCUGUGGACUUCUUCCGUUCGCAGCGGUCCUGCAGGUCACACCUGCUGCCACUGCUCUCAGUGCUGGUGCUGCUGCUGCCGCUGCUGCUCGUUAUGGUUUCACAUUGGAAACGUGAGAGACAGAAAUCAUCCAUCAGUCAAAUCAAACAGAGAGGUGGAACUCAUCAGGGGAUCAGCAGUGGUCAGUUGAAGCCAGAGAAGGAGGAAACCUCCUCGAAGGCUGAUGAAACAGACACACCGGCUGCAGUGCUGCAUCCACAUGAGGCUGGUUGUUACUGAAUUCGAGUUUGUUAUGGAUGCAUCACUACAUUUGG